AUGAAGAUUGCUGCUAUCCUCGUGACGCUCGGGGUUGCUUCGUGCGCCGUUGCUGAGGAUGUGCUCUACAGCAGACGUCAUCUCUCCAAGCGCUUCAUCGACAGCGAUGGCAACUACAACAUGACAUUCAUCCACGUCAAUGAUGUCCACGCUCACCUUGACGAGUUUGCCAAGUCCGGCUCCGACUGCACGGAUCCUUCCAAGGGUUGCUUCGGUGGCUACGCACGCAUCAAGACCAAGGUCGAGGAGCUUCGCAAGACGUACCCCGAUCACCUGCUCCUCAACGCCGGCGACGAAUUUCAGGGUACUCUGUUCUUCUCCUACUAUGGUGGGGAGAAGAUUGCCGACACCAUUAACAAUCUCAACUUUGACGUCAUGACCCUUGGCAACCACGAAUGGGAUAACGGCGACGAGGAGCUUGGCAAAUUUCUGAAAAAUUUGACCUUUCCCAUUGUUGCUUGCAACGUCAAAUCCGAAAAUGAAGCUCUCAACAAGACUGUCAAGAAUUAUCAUAUUUUUGACAAGCACAAACUGGCCAUCAUCGGUGCCACGACGGAGACGACAAAAGGCAUUUCAAACGUGGGAAAUGGAACCAACUUUCUCGAUGUUACCACCGAGGUCCAAAAGGCUAUCUGGGAGAUUCGAAACACUACUGACAUCCGCCGCAUCGUCGCUCUCACGCACAUUGGUUACGAAGAGGACCAAAAACUCGCCAAAGAUACCGAAGGCCUUUCCCUCAUUGUUGGCGGGCAUAGCCACACACUUGUCGGCGACAUGCCCAACGCCGCUGGAAAAUACCCUACCAUUGUCGAAGACAAAUCUGGCAACGAGGUCUUUAUCGUCACCUCGUACCGCUGGGGCGAGUAUCUUGGCUCCAUUGAUCUAACUUUUGACAAGCAAGGCCGCGCUCUCUCCUACCACGGAGCGCCUAUUCACAUGACCAACACUACAAAGUUCGAUAAAUCGCUUCAGAAUAAGGUCCUGGCUUGGCGCAAGCCCUUUGAAGAAUUUAGCAAUGAAGUCAUUGGCACUACCAAGAACGAGCUCGACCAGACCAACUGCCAGAAGGAAGACUGUCUCCUCGGCCAAGUCAUGACCGAUGCCAUGCUCGACUACCGUCGCAAUAUUUCCAAGAAUGCGGGUGAUGAGCUAGCCGAAUUUGCUUUCAUGAACGCUGGUGGUAUCCGAGCCACUAUUGGUCCUGGUAACAUUACCCGCGGUGCGAUUCUCACCUCUUUUCCUUUUGGCAACGCCAUUGUCCAGCUUCCCUACUCUGGCAAGGAUCUGCGCAAGAUGAUCGAGGGCUGGGUCUCUCGCGAAUCACAAUUCAGCAAGAAGAAGACGACAUCCUGGUUCCAGAUCUCAAAGAACAUCAAGAUUCAGUACAACCCGGACAAUGACUCUGGCAGUAAACUCAUUAGCGUUUCCGUUGGCGACAAGCCGCUCGAUGAUGACCGCCAGGAUUACCGUGUCGUGACACUUGAUUUUGUCGCUCGUGGCGGGGACAACCUUGUUGAACCCACGACCGGGUCUGCUGCUCUCGACACCAACUCUGACAUAUUCGAGGCUUACGUCAAGGCCAAUACUCCCUUGACGAAUGAGCUCGAGAAGCGUGUGGUUAAGACGGACAAGAAAACUCCUGAUUCAACUCUGACUACAGGAGACAAUAAUGCUACGAGCACCAGCAAGGCCGGCUCUGGCAGCUCCAGUACCGGCGAUGCCAAGGGCUCCAGGAGCGCUGCUUCGAGCCUUGACAUGGCUAUUAUUUUCGCUUUCGUUGUGGCCGCGGUUGUUUCCUUGGUCAUGUAG